GAUGUCAUUGCUUACAAAUAUCACAUUUGAAUAAAAUCUUCCCUCAAAUUCUAUCUUUUCCCUUUCUUUCUAUCUUCAUACCAUACAUACAGUAUGAAUUACUUAAUCCUAUCUUCAUGUAUUUUCUUCAUUUUUGCAUUAUUAACAAACCUUCCAACAUCUCUUUGUCGCGUUAGCAAAGAGUUCAAAUCAUGUAGUCAGUCAUUCAAUUGUGGUAACAUAACAAAUUUAAGCUACCCUUUCUAUGGUUUGGACCGACCUUCAUAUUGUGGCCACCCCGGGUUUGAGCUCUUAGGGUGCAACCAAAUUGCUACACCGGUUACCAUGAACAUGAUGUCGCAAACUUUUGAUGUUAUGAACGUUAAUUACACAACAUCAACCGUAACAGUUGCUAGGCAUGAUUUUAAAGCAAAGUCAGGGUGCCCUGACUCCUUACAAAACAUAUCAAUAGACUUCUCGAUUUUUCAAUAUACACCUCGCGAUGCCAACCUUACCUUGUUUUAUGGUAAUUGUUCGACGUUGUGUAAUUCUACUAAGACUUGGAAAGAGUUUUCGUGUCCUAUGAAUCCCACGAAUGUACCGGUUUGUUGGUUGACUAAGAAUGCCAUGAUGAAUAAUAGUGUCUCGGUAUCUUCAUGUCCUAACCAUCUUUUUCUUCCAAUUCAUAUGGAUGACAAUUUGGCUAUGGAUCAGAUAGGUGGUUACAUACCAAAUGCUGCUUGGAAUGGUUUCGAGCUUAAAUGGAACGCGAAUAAUGGCUCGUGUGAAGCAUGUCUCAAAUCCGGAGGGCAGUGUGGACAUGAGCCGCUUUCAAACAAGUUCUUUUGCUUCUGCACAGAUGAAUCCAAGUGCCCUUUCCCAGGAUCCACUCCAUACAAGGCCAUCCUAACCAAGUCCAAGAUUGCGCUAAUAGCUUCUUUCUCAGCUGUUGGAUUAGGAAUUAUCAUUUUAUUAGUCUUCUGUCUAAGAAAAAGAUGUUCAUCAAAGGAAGAGGAUCCUCAGCGAAAAAAGAAGCCGGAUGUUGAGGCUUUUCUCAAGAUUCAUGGAACUAUUGGUCUACAAAGACACACAUAUUCUGAUCUGAAGAAAAUAACCAAUUCUUUCAGAGAUAAGUUAGGUGAAGGAGGCUUUGGUAUUGUCUACAAAGGAAAGAUUCCGAAUACUGAGAGUCUUGUUGCAGUAAAGAUGUUGAAAAAAUCAGAAGGAAAUGCAGAGGAUUUUAUAAAUGAGGUUGCUAGUAUAGGAAAGACCAACCAUAUAAACAUUGUCAGUCUCUUGGGUUUUUGCUAUGAAGGUCGACAUCGAGCUCUUGUGUAUGACUUCAUGCCUAAUGGAUCACUUGAGAAGUAUCUUUAUGGAAAAAACAGCCACCAUACUCUGACAUGGGAAGAAUUAUUUCAAAUCGCGGUUGGAACUGCAAGAGGGCUAGAGUACUUGCAUAGAGGUUGUAACACAAGAAUACUUCAUUUUGACAUUAAGCCACACAAUAUUCUCUUAGACGAAAAUUUGUGUCCAAAGAUUUCUGAUUUUGGCCUAGCUAAGCUGUGCCCUCAGAAGGAGAGCCUAAUAUCGAUAUCUGAAGCCAGAGGAACUGUGGGAUAUAUUGCUCCUGAGGUAUUUUUAAGGAGUUUUGGUGGUGUUUCCUACAAAUCAGAUGUUUAUAGCUACGGAAUGUUGGUUCUAGAAAUGGUUGGAUGUCGAAGAAAAACUGAUAUUGAAGGCAUUGAGUGCAACAGCGAACAAUAUUUCCCUCAAUGGAUAUAUCAGAAACUCGAAUUAGGGGAAGCAUUGGAUGACCAAGAGAUGUUGAGUUCUGAUGAGAAGGAUAUUCAAAAGAAGAUGAUUUUGGUGAGCUUAUGUUGUGUUAAGACUAACCCAUCAAGCCGACCAGAGAUGAGCCAAGUGGUCGACAUGCUAGAGGGAACGGUUGAAUCACUACAAGUUCCUCGCAUCUCCUCACUCGAUCCCACCUCCUCUUAUCCUGGCUCCCCGAGGUCACAGUCACAAACCUCAUCAUACAGUUUCAGUAUGACACACUGACACCUAAACUUUAACAGGUUGCAGUAGAAAUGUAGCAUGUUCAAUUCUUACUGUCAUAUAAUCAUAUUCAUGUUUUCAGACCACCUAAUGUAUGUGCCUUCAAUUUAAUAACAUAAUUCAAGUAGAGUUCUGAAGCUAA